GCGUCUGGGCGGCCAAUCAGUCGGUGGCAAACCGGCAUCGUGUACCUUUAACCGACGUCAACGACGUCGGCUGAAGUCGGCCAAAGUCGUUUGUGAGAGUCGAGUAUCGGUCGAUGCUCCAAUUUCGUACGGGAUGACACGUGGGCGUACGAGAGAGCUGUCAUUCAUAAAACCAUAAGAAGCAGCGGUUGAGAGUGUGUUUGGAUAAGAAAAUGUGUAAGUGAAGCACUUUCAGUGAGUGGUGUGUUACAUCUACGAUUGCUGAAAAGUGUGCCGGGAAGCGCAUGUUGCUCCCUUCGAAGUUCGAUCGGUCUAAGGACAGCUGGGAGAAAGGGAAAAAGGACCUUGAAAGGGGAUGCUCUGAGACGCGCACUCUGUACCAGCUUGCUCGCACGAGGGUGAAAAGCCGUCCAGGCAGCUCAAGGCAUGACGAAAUACUGGCUGAACGUGGCCCUCCUCAGGGUCGUUCUACCAGUCAUCUUAGCCGGAUGCACAAUAUGGCGACCAGUAGGAUUGUCGAUCAUUUAUUUGGGACUGAUGCUGUAUUCACCGAUGGUCCCAAUACCGACGCACAGAACCAUGACAGGUCAUACGGGAAUAUACCUAAAGAUCUGCAUCUGCCUAGCCUUUCUUGUAGCUAUAGCCCAGAUCACCUUUCAUAUCGCUCUACUAGCGCUACCACCCUACGGAUACUUUUUGGAAAAUUGCGAAUUCGUGGAGAGACUCUUCCGACACAUAGGCUUCGUCAGAUUAGAUAGCGCAUCUGUAUGGGAAGUAUUCUACUGGCUGACUCCGGAAUUUAUUGUUUUGCCCACCGUGCUCGCCGUGUAUUUCAUAUGUCGCUUCCUCACGCAAAAACGUAUUAGCGAGGAGGAGGAAGAGACUGGUCUUCGUCAGGAGAAUAAUUCCCAGCGGAAGAAAACGGACGACAGCACCACAAAGAUAAUCAACUUCCUGGGUGGUAUCGGCACCUACGUCGUCCUAGCCUCGUUGUGCUGCGCGGCGGCCUUGAAACCGUCGAUAGAGGCGGCCUUUUACUUCCUGGUGUUCCUCGGCGCCGCCACGUGCUGGGCCUGCAACAGAAAUCUGCGAAAGGGCUUCGCCGUGAUUUGCAGAAUCGUCAUGGUCAUCGUGAUCGUUCACAUCGUUGCGUUGCUCGCGUAUCAAAACGAAUGGCCGCAGGAGAUUAUUCCAGUGUCCAGCGCCUGGUCGCGCUACCUGGCCCUAGCCGCAGUUUAUCACACCAACUGCAGCGACCCGAGAGACGUGGAAUAUACUGACGAUGCGGAUUGGUUGAUUUACGGAUAUGCUUUGCGGCUCUUCUGGCUGUAUUACGUCCUGGCAUUGCAGUCGCAGUUUCUCAGUAAAAAACCGGCGUUACAGGCGAAGGACGCAACACGAUUAAGCGGCAAACUGGAAAAUCUGGACACUUCAUUGUCCAGACACGUGUCCGUCAGACAUAGGACACCUUCCCAACGAUGGCAAUCAGCGCGACGUAAGGCUCGCAAGCCGGUCGUAGAUUCGUCGUUACCAACAAUCGACGAGCGAACGCCUCUGAUGCGAUUUGGUUCCGGAAGGACGGGGCUUCUUCAAGAUUCCACCACCGGAAGCAUCAUCGUUAAUCAGGAUGGUCAGCAGGACGAUAGCAUACAAAUGCAGAGUCUCAGCGAAGGAGCGCCGGAUGAGUCGGCAGGUAUCCUGGAACAAAUAAUCAUGGCAGUGUACUCCAUCUUCCAAUUAAUAGUUAACUCCUCGUAUCUUGCCUCAAAUAUAAUAAUGAUGACGUGGAGCAUAAUGUACCAUAGCUGGACGACAUUCGUCUUACUUCUGUGGGCGUUGAUUUUAUGGAUGGUUCCCAACAAACGUGCUUCCAUGAUGAAAUGCUCUCCAUUUAUUGUGUUCUAUGCUACUCUCCUGCUCCUCGGACAAUUCGUUUACAGUAUGGAUUUGACGGACGAAGAAUUGCCAAGGGUGGUGAGCGGCGUGAAAAUGUUGGAAAUCGGCUUUGCUAAAGCCGACGAACUCGGUCGCUGGCAUCUAAUAGUUAAGUGUCUAUUUAUUUCGAUGUUCUGGAUCACUACGAGGCAAUAUAUGGUAGAACGAAAGCAGCAGCGACGGUCUUCUACUCUGCGCGACAUGGUAGCACCAUUGCACGUGUCCGUCUCGACGGCGACGACUGCCAUGACUCACGAGACGCCAGAGAUCAAGAGCAAGUUCAUGAAAAACGUCGGGAAGUUAUUGCAAAACUUAUUAACCAAAUUCUGGAUCGCCGUGGUGGCAAUCAUGCUGUUCAUCUGCGGCAUAACAGGCGAACGCAUGACGCUCUUCAGAAUAGUCUACAUGCUAUUGUUCCUCGUUUUCGUUAUCACGUUUCAGAUAUCGUGGAUAGCGUGGAGGAGAAUAAUGUACGGAUUUUGGCUAACUGUUAUCGGAUAUUCGAUCAUCAUGCUGAUUCUCGUCUACACUUACCAAUUUAAGAAUUUCCCAGCAUAUUGGGAAUACAUUGGUGUUAGCGAAAAUUUACAAAUGGAUAUUGGACUAGAAUCUUACGAAAUUAAAGAUCUAUUUGUGAGAUUGCUGACGCCAACAUUCUUUGUCAUUAUCACAGUGCUUCAGAUUCAUUAUUUCCACAACGACUUUCUCGAAGUCACCAACAUCGACAGAUUAGAGCCCGAAAGCUUUCAGCGAGCCAGUCUAGGACAUUCUCCUAGUUUAAAUAUGCCAACAUCCUCACCGGCUGAUGUCACGCUGACUGAAAACGAAAAAUAUACGAUGUACACGUUGAAACAAUUAAAACAUAUGUCAAAAUUAGAGAGAAUCGCGCUAUUUCGAAAAAUGACGAAGCAUCUGGUAAAUUUUUACAAUUACACUUGGCUCUUCCUUGAAAUUCAUAUGCAGAAGAUUAUUUUUAUCUCAUUCGUUCUUCUGUGCACUAACGACGUAUGUGCAAUAAAUUUCUUCUUCAUCGUCGCGGUAGCCGUGAUGAUUAAUUUCAAAAGAAACAUACAGAUAAGAGCAAUUAACGUGUUAGCUUCCAUAAUAUCGCUUCUUACGAUUACGAAAAUGUUGUAUCAAAUCCAGAACAUCAAUCAUGACAAUUGGAACGUCAACUGCACUAAAAAUGACGAUCAACAAAAUGCAAGCAGUACCGUCUACAACAUGGCCGAAUGGUUCGGCAUGAAGAAAGCAGGACCGGGCCAACUUCCGGAUUUGCUGAAAGGCUACAUCGGCAUCAUUACCGUGACGACUUUUAGAAAAAUCAUCAGAGUCCGCCAAUGGUUUUAUCGCCAUAGCAAGGGAGAAUCAUUGGACACUCCUCAAGUGAUGUUUCCAACUAUCACCAGGGCGGACGCUGACAAGGGACUGCCGGAGUGCUUCAAGUUUCUCUUCAACUAUGGCUUCUAUAAAUUCGGCCUCGAAAUGUGCCUCAUUGGAAUCGUUACCCUGAUUGGCACCAGGCUGGACUUUUAUUCCGUUCUGUACAGCAUCUGGUUGCUGUUGUUCUUCUCAUUGAAAAGAAAAACCGUAGCGCGAAUUUGGCCGUUUUUCAGAUUUUUCGCCAUCAUUUUUCUGCCUAUUCAAUACGCCAUUGUCGUAGCACCGCCUUCGUGGCUUUGUAUAGACUAUCCAUGGGGUGAAUCUGAAGUAAUGAGGGGAUUGCAGGAAUGGAUGUACCUUCCUGAUCCAGAUUCUCCGCCAAAUCCCAAAAAACUAAUUUGUGACUUUAUUUUGUUAAUGAUGAUCGUACGGCAAAGUCUGGUCUUCCACAUCGAGCACCAAUAUUUCUUACAGUCUAACAAAGAUUUCGUAGCUGGCCACAAUUAUUCCGUCUUCCAAGAUAUGGAGAAGCCGACUUUUGUGAAUCCUGUGAAGGAUUAUGUGUCGCACAUUCAGUCGUGGCUGGACGUAUUUAAACGUGGCUGCAUGAUGAGUCUUAUGUGGGUAACCUUGUCGAUUAUGUUCCUGGCUGGAACAAAGAGAACAAAUGUCUUUUCGCUUGGCUACCUUAUUGGCGCGUUCGUUUUUCUUUGGCAAGGAAGCGAUUUUUACUUGAGACCAAUGAGAACCAUUUUAAAAUGGUGGAAUAUGCUGAUCGGAUAUAAUGUCGUUGUCAUUUUCUUGAAAGCUUUACUUCAGGGUGUGGGCUGCGUGCUCAUCAAAGACCUUGAAACUUCGAGCUGCUGGCUGGUGCAGUUGCUGGGUAUCGCAUGCCUGAAGAAGUUCAAGAGUUCUAGCGACAUAGUGUUGAGUCCCGCCGAUUGUAACGUUUCCCGUGAGGACAUCGGCAUGGUUUGGGAUGGAUUGUGCUUUAGCUUUCUCUUGAUACAAAAACGACUCUUCAAAAGCUACUACUUCUUCCACAUAGUAGACGAGACAAAAGCUAUGAGCAUUCUAGCGUCUCGCGGCGCGGAGCUACUCGAGGAGCUGCAUCAGAAGCGUAUAGAAAUCCAAGAGAAUGUGGAGAAGACCGUUUUAGAAAAGCUGAAGUUCAAGAUGGACAAGAUCAAGGCCAAUCAACAAAAGAUACAGGGACCGUCUUACAAAGAGCCCCAGACUCACAAAGUCGAUGAACUCUAUCCAAGAACGCGGCCGUUAUAUAGAAUUCGUGCGCCGACGACCAACAGAGAGGCUAUCAGAUCGGGCGACUACUACAUGUUUGAUGAUUUGGAUGAUGACGACGUCACCGAUUUGAUUCCCGACAGCGACACCGACCGAAGGGAGAAGGAACAUCGCCGCGAACAGGAGCAACGGGGAAGGAGAAUGACUGUCUCCGAGUUGAUGAACACGCUGAUUAAGACAGACAUUGAGAUCGCGACGCACGUCGCCAUGUACGGAGGGACCGAAAAGGACGCCCUGAGACUCCGACGUAGAAGCGUACCUUUGACACGGAAGAAAUCGUCCAUGUCCUAUUUGAGCGCUCGCUCCGAGACCGACACUGCCAUGGCUACCGAUGGUCCCGAUCGGACGAGUCUCACUUCAGUAGAAAUGGAAACGGAAGAGAAAGAGAUUACAGACUUAGCUAAAACACCAGAACCUUCGGAUGCAGAAGAAGAGAAAGAGGGAGACAAGAAGAGCGAUGAGGAGAAAGAGGACAAGAAAAAAGUUUCGUUCUCUACAUACUUCAAGUUUCUCUUGGUGAUGAUCAACAGCACCCUCAUUUCAAUGACGAAAUACCUAAAUCGAUUCUCCCAUGAUUACAGAUACAUUCGCAAAGUUUUAGCGAAAGAGAAAAAAACUCUAAAGGCGAAGCCAGAUUUCAGAAUGGGAACGCGACUAGGAAUUAAUCAAAUGUGGCAGCCGUUACCUAUGAUACAAGAACGAUCGGCUACGAACGGCAAUACGGAGGAAACGCUUGAUCCUGGCGAAGGUCCAAGCCAAUCACGCCCGCAGGAAGAAAGGAAGGAGAGCACGCUGACGGUACCGCACAUCCGAAUCCUGGCGCCGAGUUUGGAGCGAGGAUUGGACAUGUCCUCCUCCAGUACGCUGUUUUCGCAAGCUUUGGCGAUUCAACAAGACGAAGAAGUCAGAGAACUCUCAGAAGUGGAUCAACCGCCUAUCAUACAGCUAGCAGCAUCUAUCUGGUUUGGAAUCCUGGCACACUCUAGUUUGCUUUGUUAUUUUAUGGUGUUCCUUCAUCAAAUUAAGAACGCUUCUGUACUCUCCACGCCGUUGCCAUUUAUGGUAUUCUUGUGGGGCUCUUUAACAAUUCCGCGACCUUCGAAGACUUUCUGGGUGACGUUGAUUGCUUAUAUCGAGGCCAUUGUCAUAAUAAAAUGCAUUUUUCAAUUGGAAUUGAUUCCUUGGAAUCAAGUUGCUCCGCCAAAUUAUCCACUGUAUUUACCAAGAAUUAUGGGCAUUCUGAAAAGGAAAAAUUACGCUCUUUGGGAUUUGUUGCUACUUCUUAUGCUAUUCUUCCAUAGAUUUAUGCUAAAAUCCUUGGGUCAAUGGACAGCCCCAUCGUUAAAACCGCGGAGAAUUAUUCCUUCUCAAUUAACCGUGGUACCAUCAAAACCACCGUCUGCAGACAAAGGACAAGGAGAGCCUAGCACGCAGGAAGAAACCGAUUCUCAUGGGGAGGUAAAGACGCCACAAGGGCGAAUUUUGAGCGUCCAUGAAACGGAUAACGCAGACGGUAUCCCAUCGACAACAGACGAUAAUGAAAGACUUGUGGCUGUGCAAGGAGAAGAAGUGCAUCCUCUCAGUGAAUCGUUUUCAAAAACGAUGGAUAUGACCGUGACAAAAUACGCGGAACCAAUGAAAAACUUUUUCGAGAGAAUUAUCAGUCCAGUCGGCAAAGAAAAAACAAAUGUUUACGCUUAUAUGUUCCUUUGUGACUUCUUCAACUUUCUUUUGCUGAUCUUCGGAUUCUCUGCAUUCGGAACUCAACAAGGCGACGGUGGAGUAGCAGCUUACUUUCAAGAAAAUCGAGUUCCUAUGCCCUUUCUAUUGAUGCUAUUAUUACAAUUUGCUUUAAUAGUCAUCGAUAGAGCUCUCUUUCUUAGAAAGUCUAUCGUGGGAAAAUUGAUUUUCCAGUGCUGCUUGGUAUUUGGUAUUCAUCUAUGGAUGUUUUUCAUUUUACCGAGCGUAACGGAAAGACAAUUCAACGAAAAACUUGCGCCACAAAUAUGGUACAUGGUGAAAUGCUUCUAUUUAUUAUUAGCGGCUUAUCAAUUGCGACAAGGAUACCCGACACGAAUUCUGGGUAACUUUCUGUGCAAGAAGUACAGCAUCGUGAAUUAUGUUUUAUUCAAAGGGUUUAUGUUAGUUCCGUUUCUCUUCGAACUUCGGGCAGUGAUGGAUUGGAUUUGGACUGAUACAUCCAUGACUAUAAUGGACUGGUUUAAAAUGGAAGAUAUCUUUGCUAGUAUUUAUCAAAUCAAGUGCAUGAGGGGUGUCGAAUCGGACUUCCCUCAGCCACGAGGAGAAAAGAAAAAACAAAUGAGCAAAUACUUAGUAGGCGGGAGUGCUCUCUUACUCAUAAUCGGUUUAAUCUGGUUCCCUCUGCUCCUCUUUGCGCUUGGUAGCACCGUUGGCAUAUCAAACUUGCCUUACGAUGUAUCCAUGAAAAUACGAAUCGGCCCGUAUGAGCCCAUCUACUCUAUGUCGGCGCAGGGCAGUUCUAUCAUGGAAUAUAAGAAAGAUGAAUACAAACAUCUUACAGAUUUAUAUUCUACAGAUAGAUCAGCGGUUACUUUCUUCGAAAAUUACGUUCAUUCGGACGUAGCCGCUGUAAGAUUCAGUGGUUUUUCAAGAAAACUGUGGGGAAUUUCGCCACCCGAUAGAAACAGAUUGAAAGCAGAACUGGCUUCUAACAUCACGACAGUGGUUAUACAUGUGGAAUGGAUGGUUUCAAGAAAAACAGAUGCUAAAGAUACCACUGGAAUCACCACGACAAUUCGUGACAUAAAAUUACCGCCUUUUGUAAAUGGAGAAUUCAAUCCUAUAAGACAAACGUUAGUGGAUAUGUUAAAAGAAGAUCCUGUCGGAAUGAAUGCAUCCAUAACAUUGCAAAGCGCUUUCCCGAAAUUCCUCAAAGUCACUGCUAGAACCACCAAUGUUGUUCCACAAUUAAUGCGAGGGCGACGUCUAUCGCUAAUAGACGACGAUGAAGACGACAGUUACAUCUAUAGAAACAUCAGUAUUCAGUUAUCGACGGAAAAGGAUUGUUGUGCUCAUCAACAAUGGUGGAUAGUCCAUGAAGAAUGCACAGAUCAGUUGUACAAGGACAUCUUGAUGAAUGUACCAUUAAAUGACUGCAAAUAUAUCAUGAUGUUCCUAUUCAAUGAUAAAGCCUUCCCCGAGGGCUUAAGUUUCUUCAGUGGAUUCGGGAUCUUAGGAUUAUAUACCACGGCGGUGAUAGUCAUAAGCCAGAUGAUGCGAAAGAUUGUCAGUGAUAUGGCGCCCAAGAUCAUGUUCGACGAUUUGCCUUACGUCGACAGAAUCCUUCGUCUCUGCUUAGAUAUCUACUUGGUCCGCGAGAGUGGCGACUUGUGUCUCGAAGAAGACUUGUUUGCCAAAUUAAUCUUCCUCUACAGAUCACCGGAAACAUUAAUCAGGUGGACGAGACCACCUGAAGAAGGGGAGAGAACCGAUAACGAAGAUCAAGACGAAGACGAAGAAGAAGGACGAGAAGGAAGAAGACAGGAAGAGCACUCUCAUCGUGACUGAACCGUAGAACGAAAGGAGGAAAAGAAAGUUCUUAAAUAAUUGAUUGCACGUGUGCAAAUAUUACUCAAUAUGGGAAACCUGGAAUGCAUUUCUUUGGAAUAGGUUUUUCUCUGCCAGACGAACAAAAUAACAUUUAUAAUGAAAGUCAUUUUUAGAAUCGCAUUAUUAAGAAAUACAAGGACACACGUCCUGUUUAAAAUGGAAUUGCCAAAGAAACUAAACUUUCAAGCUUGAGAAACACUUUUGAAUUUGUGCAACAACAAACUUGCGUUGUUUAUGCAUGUUUGCAUAUUUCUCUUAUGAAUACUGAUUUAUAAAUAUUCUUUGUUGAUAAGAAUUAUUAAGAUUUUUCGAGCACAAAAAUUCAAAGAAAGCUCAACAGUUUAUAUUGCUGAAAAACUAGCUUUCCGACCAAAGUUUCGCGAUUACAUAUUUUACAAUAGUAUCACGCUAUUUAUAAAAAAUAUAUUAUACGUUAACAUACAUAGAGCAGGAGAGAGAGAGGGAAAGAGAAAGAGAAAGCAUAUUUCUCAUUGUAAUAUAAUUUAAGAGUUUGUCUCAAUAAUGUGAAUGAUGUUGUGGAUAAAACUUGCAUAUAAUAAUAGUUUCGUGUAUAAGUUUUCAAAUGUGGAAAAGAAGAUAGCUUUUAUCGUAAGAGAACUCAGGAAUUCAGUAUGAGCCUAUUUGUUGUAAAAUAAAAAAUAACGAAAUGACUGUUCUUAUCUUAAAAAUUAUAUACCAAAAAGAGCAUAACAUAGAUAUAAAUAUUUGAGAAAUAUCUUUGUUCGUGAAUAAAUACACAUAUCUAUUAGUUACAAAAUGUUAUUAUUAUAAUACGUGCAUUUUUACUAUGCAUUAUAAUUUUUUCCAAGAAUUUUUGCAAUAUGUUAACAUUAGCGUCAUAAAAAAUUUUUAGAAAUGAGUUUAGCUAUCAACGAACAGUGCAAUUAUUUUGAAGUGCUUUUAUCGUGGAAGUUUGUGUGCUUAAUGAAAUAUGUGUUUAGAUAUAUACAUUUAAGUUUGUGUGCUUAAUGAAAUAUGUGCUUAGAUAUGCAUUUAAAAUUGUAAUAUGAAGUUAUUUGUAAGCUAUUGAUCGUGAAUUUCUUGUCACCGAUAUGAUGGCUUUUCAAACUUUUUUAUACGUUUUUUUAAGUUUCAGUAUGUAGCCAUGUAGUUUGGCAAAUUAGUCAUGACGUCCACUUCUUAAAUAUUUAAUGAAAAAUGUGUCUCGCAAGAAAGAAAUUAAAAAUAUUUGUAUACAUUUAAAUAUAUAUUUAAAUAAUAUGUAUAUAGAAAAAUGUAUAUCAUAUAUAUGUAUAUCGGCUCAUUAAUGCAACGCUACAACAUUUUCAAACAUACAUUCUCUAAAUACUUUUCUUAAUAUUAGGAACUGUGGAAAACGGAAUUGGAAAUGUAAUCAGAGAAAUAAAUUUUUAUAAGCAAAUA